AUGGCCGAGACUAUUGACUUUGACUACCUGGUCAUCGGCGCCGGAGCCAUGGGAAUGGCAUUCGUCGACACGAUUCUCACCGACACCCAAAAGACCGUGGCAAUUGUCGACCGCUAUGCUCGCCCGAGCGGGCAUUGGACCGUUGCCUACCCUUACGUGCGCCUCCACCAACCUUCCUCCUGCUAUGGAGUCAAUUCCAAAGACCUUGGAGAGAACGCCAUCGACAAAGUGGGCUGGAACAAGGGCCUUUUGGAGCUUGCCUCCCGAGAUGAGGUUUGCGCUUACUACGAUACCGUCAUGCAGCACACAUUUCUCCCAUCCGGACGCGUCGCCUACUAUCCCAAGCACGAAUAUACCGGCGGGCGGGAAUUUCAUUCUAUCAUGACCGGCAAGGCUUAUCAAGUAGGGGAAGGGACUCGUAUUGUUGAUGCUACCUACAUGAAAGUCGUGGUCCCUUCCAUGCGCAAGCCUCCCUACGAAGUUGCAGAAGAUGUCGAGGUUGUCACGCCCAACGACAUGCCGAGCGCGCAACGACCGCACAUCAACUACACUGUGGUGGGUGCUGGCAAGACAGGCGCCGAUGCUUGUCUCUGGUUGCUAGCCAACGACAUCGACCCGGACCGCAUCACCUGGGUCAUGCCACGGGACUCGUUCUACAUGGAACGCGGAAACUUUCAGUCGGGUAGAAUGUUCGCCGGAAAAAACCGCGUUGGUUUGAUCGCCCUUUUGGAUUCCAUUACUACGGCUUCGUCGAUUGACGACAUGCUGAAGAGUCUCGUGGCUUGCCAGCAACUUCUCCAGCUGGACGACAAAGUCUGGCCUACCAUGUACCACUGCUCCACGGUUUCACUCGCCGAGUUGGAACAGCUGCGGAAAAUCAAGAACAUCGUCCGAAAAGGCCGCAUCCUCCGCAUCAGCCGGAACGAGGUGCUGCUACAGCACGGCAGCUACACGCCCAAUCCCGAUUCCCUCUUCAUCGACUGCUCUGCAAACGGACUGGAGAAGCUUCCCCCAACGCCCGUAUUCCAGGACGACAAAAUCACUCUCCAGUCCGUCCGCAAGUGUCAGCAAGUCUUCAGCGCUGCCUUCAUUGCGCACGUCGAGGCCGCGUACAAAGAUGACGAGACUAAGAACAAGCUCUGCCGACCGAUCCCGCACCCGAACGAGCCUGCGGACUAUGCUCUCGCGUAUCUGCAAACAUUCUUGAACGCGCUGUAUUGGAAUUCGUUCCCGAAAACAAGGUCGUAG